UAUUAUCCAAUGCAUACUUGAUGCCUUUGAAGAGAAUUUGUGAGGAGUUGUGUCGACUGAUGUGCAAACUCUGCUUCCAUCGUCAGGACAAUCAAAUUUUGGUGAAAAGAGCCUCGUCUUCAGUUACGCACCUGGAGGAAUUCAGAAGGAGUCCACAGUUCAGUAUAUUCCUUUCCUUUGCCCCAGUCUACUGGCAUGAUAUGCAGUUUACUGUUCUGGCAAACAUCCAGGCUAAGAGCCAUUGAAAGGUCUUCUAGGUAUUAGGCAGAGAGAGAGAGCAUAUAUUUGCAAUCAGGCCAUGGCCAACUGUUCAAGACACUGCAUCAUUUAAGCAGCUUUCAUAACAAAGCCUUAGAUGAAAAAUGCCUGUAGUGGCAGUACUUUGAUAUAAGGACAACAAGCCAGCUGAACGUGUUACCGUUACAAUGCCAAUGAUGGGUCUGUUCCACGAAUAUACCGCUCGCUCCCGUCAGUGCGUGAGAGGGCCAUGGGAAGCUUUCACAUCCUCCUGAGAGUACCUAAUGAACUUUUGGACUGCAAGUCAACGGAACAGCAUUAUAUUUCCUUUUCUGACCACCUUCUGCUUUGCACCAUCGGUGUUGGAUGGGCCUCUCGGAGUCGGGCCCAUUCAGGAUAGAGCCAGCCCAGCUCAUAUGCUUGUCCGACAGGACACCAUAAUUCAUCACGCCCUUCUCAACAUGACCUCUCGUGCGACUCUAGCCUUGGUGGAGAAGUUCUCGCCCGGGUCCCUUUCUGUCCGUGUGCAACAAGAAGAGGGUCUUGCACCCGGACGAGCUAACCUCUACAAGCAAAGGAUUGCUCGUCUGUCAUGAUUACAAAGCUAGCCUGUGUCAAUGACCAUAGUCUAGUGGAGUCACUUAUACUGCGGAUAGAAGAAAAGGAGAAUUUUGCCUAAUAACGGCCACACAAGUAAUUGGGUGAGAUCAGAAGCACGACUCUCUGAGCCUAAAUAUGCAUUAUGCACCUGCCAAUUUUGGGCACUAGCGGUGAAGCGAUCCGCAUGUCUCUUUUCUCUCUGGUGUUUCGCCUGCUAUUCCCAUCUUUCACAACACCUCUCUGUAUAGCGUCUGCAAUUCUCUCGAGUCUGCUUCAAGGUGUCAACUCGAACUAAAUCUAUUCAUUUACCUUAUAUACGGAUGUGCCUCAACUGGGCUCUUUGCGAGCACUAGCAAAUAUAUUGCGCU